AUGAAGAAACAUUUGCAGUUGUUGAUUGAGCUUCUCGAGGGUUUUCUUUUGCUUCUAUUUAUCCGGAGAGAUAUUUAUGAUACAUAUGAGAAGACAAUGUACAAUAAGAAAGAGAGAGGAACUUCAGCUUUGGGAAAAUUUCACGGUUUCACGGCGGUUAGAGAAUUAAAGGAAAGUGAGCUAAUUUGCGAUGGUUUUCAGAAUUUUGCUAGAGGACGAAGGAAAGUAGGGUUUGAUGAGAAAAAUAUCAGAAGGCACGUUCAGUUUUCUGGUCAACGUGGCGAGGAACAGAUAAUUCAGCUUUCACAAGCGAUGCCUCCCAUGAAGACUGUAGAUUUCUUUUGGAAUUGUUUAGGCGAUGAAGUGGAACAGAAAUUCUUCUUCAAACUCUUGGUUGAAAAUAUGCAGUCAGUUAAAUCGUCAGACAGGACUUCAUCUGGCAACUUCUGGCAACAAGACUCAGCUUGCCUCUCGUGGCUUGAUCAACAACCACGUAAUUCUGUCAUCUAUGUUGCAUUUGGAAGUUUGACAGUAUUUGAUCAGAAUCAAUUCAAUGAACUUGCUCUCAGCCUUGAACUCACCAAAAGACCAUUCCUCAAAACGUCCUAUCCCAUCCUUCUGUUGCCUGUUUCAUUAGCCAUUGCGGUUGGAAUUCCACCAUCGAAGGCAUAA